AUGACUUUGAAGAAAAUUGAUCACACUUUUGCGUACGAUGCGCUUUCGUACGACGCGAAGCCCAAUGAGCAGCCAUACCUCAAACUUUCGUUCUUCUUUAGCAAGCAGGACGACGUGUCAUACGAACAUUUCCAUCGCCAUUGGCAGAGUAUUCAUUCGGACCUGACGAUAGGUACCAAGGCAUUCAAGUCAAAUCAAAUCCAGCGUUAUGUUCAACUACAUUCCUACCCGGAGUUGAAGAAAAUGGUUGCCGACUCAGGUCUCGAAGUCCUCGACUACGACGGAUGUUCCGAAAUCUAUGUGAGGAAAUUUGAGGACUGGGAUAAUUUCUGCAAGGCAAGUUGCUUUGCAAAGAGAAGACUUCUCGAAGUGGAGCUGACCGUGACGAACAGAGUGAGGAGUUCCAAAAAGCCCUGA